AUUUUUUUUUUUUUUUUCCAGUUUUAUAAUCUGUGGGUGAGUCUGAUUGGUGGAGUGAUGUGCUUAGCAGUAAUGUUCCUGGUGGAUUGGAUCACUGCCCUCAUCACGUUCCUUGUUAUCAUUGCACUCUAUCUCUUCGUGUCUUACCGAAAUCCAGAUGUCAAUUGGGGAUCAUCAACUCAAGCACAGACAUAUAUCUCGGCUCUUAAGACAACUCUGGACUUGAACACAGUUGAGGAACACGUCAAGAACUUUCGUCCACAGUUGUUGGUACUCACCGGGUCACCUGGUUCAAGGCCGCCUCUCCUCGACUUUGCUCAGAGUAUCACCAAAAACAUCUCUUUACUUGCUUGUGGACAUGUUAUGCAGGGCCCCCAGUCCCAACGAGUACGUAAUUCACUUAGCAGACAAGCAUACAGCUGGCUUCACCGCCACAAGAUACGUGCAUUCUACUCUCUUGUUGAAGGAAACAGCUUGGAAGAAGGAGCUAGGAAUUUGUUCCAGCUUGUGGGAUUAGGCAAACUGCGUCCCAAUACCGUUUUACUUGGAUACAAAGCCAACUGGCGGAAGUGUGAUCGGCAAGAGCUCAAAGCCUACUUUAACACACUACAUGAGGCCUUGGACAUGUACUUUGGAAUCGCCAUACUGCGAGUACCACAGGGUCUGGACUACUCACAGAUCGUAGAGGAUGAAGACACUCCUGUGAUGAUGAAUGGCAAUGACACCAGCCUUGCUCGUGUUGUAGAGGAGAAGCCAGGUCAAUCUGCAGCAAACCAACUAACUCAUGAAGUGGCAAAAUUGCUUGGUGCUCUAAACUCUAACACACGGAGUACCUAUUAUCGGGAUGGUGCUGACAGUGAGGCAUCCAGUCCACCAGGCUCACCACAAGUUGAACGAGCAGCAGUAGUGAACGAGGAAGCUGCUAGAGAUAAGCAGAAGCAUCGCCUCUCUAUUGCCAAUUUGUACAGAGGUGCAGGAGGGGUUGAAUUGAGCAAAGAUGUGCUAAAUAAUAUUACUAUGUUCAAGCGGAAACAGAAAAAGAGUACAGUUGAUGUAUGGUGGUUAUAUGAUGAUGGUGGCCUGACUCUGCUGGUGCCUUAUAUCCUUACCACAAGGUCACAAUGGGCUGGAUGCAAGUUACGUGUCUUCGCUCUGGCCAACCGCAAGGAUGAACUUGAUAUGGAACAGAGAAGUAUGGCUAAUUUGUUGUCCAAGUUCCGUAUAGACUACAGUGAUGUGAUAGUAAUCCCAGACGUUGCCAAAAAAGCUGCUGAGUCAUCACGUAUGGAAUUUGAUCAGCUGAUUGAGGAUUUCAAAGCCAAGACCGAUGAGGAAAUUAGCAAAGAGAAUGAAGGUAUCCUAAUUAGUGAAGCAGAGCUCCUUGGUCAGCGUGAAAAGACGAAUCGUCAUGUUCGUUUGCGUGAGCUACUCCUAGAAAACUCGAGAAAUUCUUCUUUAGUGGUUAUGACUCUACCAAUGCCCCGCAAGUCUUCGGUAUCUGCCCCAUUGUACAUGGCUUGGUUGGAGACUUUAACUCGUGACAUGCCUCCAUUCAUCUUGAUUCGUGGCAAUCAAACCUCAGUCCUUACCUUCUACUCAUAAAACAUUUGCUCCAAUUCAUCCCCUGAGAAGUUCUCUAAUGGUUUUAAUAGUUGACCAUUCAUACAAGGUAUUAAUGAAUAUUUUUAUUGAAGAAUUGUCAGUUACAGGUUAAUAUGAUGUGUAAAUGCUCAUCAAUUGUAUGCCAAAUCCUUAUAAUUUUAAGUACUACAGGCAUCCCCAGGUAACAGAAUUUUGCCCUUA